AUGGCGCUCCAAUCUAUCCGCACUGUCCUGCUGAACAUGGCUCUUUCUUGUAUCUGGAGAUUUUGGGUGGCGCUAGUCUUGGUGCCCUGUAGCCUGACUCUGGGCUGCGAGCAGUUGGCAUUCCACAAUGCUGAGACGAAAAGCAAACUGACUUUAAUGGGUAGAAAACUCAGUCUGCGCUGCCUGAAAAUGACACGAAUGCCCCAUGGCCAUUCACUCAUUGAUCUCACGGAAAAUAUUCAGGGGGAAGACACACUCCUGCUUAUCCACCAAGCAUUGGAUCAAAUCAACAAGAUCUUCAUUGAGAACCUCAAUACUGCUCCCUGGGACUCUGACCGGCUGGAAACCUUUCUGAUUCAUCUGAGUGAGCAGCUGACAAAUCUGAACGGAUGUGUGGGAGACCCUGCAGCGUCCACUAGAAGCGAGGAAAUUCAACAGGACUUCAGCAAGAUGAGGGAGCUGCUAACGCAACAGGGAUUCAGUGACUGUGCCUGGGAAAGAGUCCGCUCUCGCACCAUGUCUUACUUACAGCAGAUUCAAACCAUAAUAGGACGAAUUCAGAGGGAGGCCAAGCGAUCAUCUUAA